AUGUCCAAUAUAGCCACCUCUAAUGGCAACGAACUUUCAGACAAAGUUUCUCUCGCACUCGACGAAGAAUCAUCAUUAUCAUCGUCGUUUCAUAGCACUACAGAUGACAAAGAUGCAGUGUCAGGCUCUCUCGUGGACGUGAUCCGUUCACCAAUAACAAGGACACGAUUGGUUUUAGCAAUAAUCAUCAACUUGUUAUGCUCAGUGGUAUACUAUGGUCUAAGCCUAAACGUAGUAAACCUCGAAACAAACCUUUACCUCAACGUAAUACUCAACUCAGUGGCAGAGAUGCCAGCAUUCAUGAUAACGGCGAUGUUGUUGGAUAAGUUAGGAAGGAAGCCAUUAACAAUAGGGACAUUGUGGUUCAGUGGAUUUUUCUGUUUUGUUGGGAGUUUGAUGACAAAUAAGGGAAUAUGGAAAGGAGUGAAAAUGGUAUGUGGAAUUUUAGGAAUAUUUGGGAUGGCAGGGACUUAUAAUUUGCUCUUUAUUUACACCGCAGAGUUGUUUCCAACUGUUGUUAGAAAUGCUGCACUUGGAAGUGCUACACAGGCAGCACAACUGGGUGCAAUAUUGGCCCCCGUUAUCGUCGUUUUGGGUGGAUCAUGGCCAUUUGCUUUAUUCGCUCUAUGUGGAAUCGUUGGUGGUCUUUUUGCAUUUUGUUUGCCAGAGACGCUAAACCAACCACUCUAUGAUACACUAACUGGAAUGGAGGCGGACAUGGAAAAUUUUUUUGACACUGAUGAUAACACUACAGUAUGA